AUGAGGCCUCAAUCGCUUCUUCCACUUCUGGGUAGUAUACCACUCGCAGCAGCAUGGCUCCCAACAGACACGGGGCGAAGCCUCUCGGCUUUUGAAAAGUCCGGCACUUCCAAGAUCCGCGGAGUCAACUUGGGCUCGUCAUUCAUCAUUGAGAAAUGGAUGGCUAACGGCGAGUGGAACGAUAUGGGCUGCGGAGAUUACAACAGUGAAUGGGGCUGUGUGAAAGGCAUUGGUCAGGACGCGGCAAACGCUGCCUUCAAAAAGCAUUGGCAGUCGUGGAUCACCAAGGACGACAUCACCAAGAUGAUCUCAUAUGGUCUGAACACCAUUCGGAUCCCCGUUGGAUUCUGGUUGAAUGAAGACCUCAUCGCGGAUAACGAAUACUACCCACGCAACAACGCUCUUGAAGAUUUCAGGAACAUCUGCCAGUGGGCUGCUGAUGCGGGCAUGUACGUUGUCGUGGAUACCCACGGCUUGCCUGGUGCGCAGCAAGCUCAACAGCCAUUCACUGGCCGCUGGGUCGACUCUCCCGAGUUCUAUCAAAACGACGGCAAUGCCGAGCGGGCAUAUAAGUUUUAUGAGUGGAUGGUCGAACAAAUCCAGAGUAGCGAUGCAUUCAAAACCGUCGGCGCUCUCGAACUAGUCAACGAGCCAUUGCAGAACACCGAGAACGGAAACACAAACUGGAUGGUCGAACACUUCUAUCCAUCGGCGAUUGACCGUAUUCGCGCCAAGGAGUCGUCACUGGGCGUUUCGGAUAGUGAUGCAUUGCACAUCACCGUCAUGGAUGACAAAUGGGACUCUGGUGGCAAUCCUACCCGCUCCCUCAACGAUAGUCAGAAGAAGAAGCUUCUCUUCGAUGACCACAAUUAUGAGAUCUACCUUGUCCGCAAUGCUGGAUCCAAAGGUGACAUGAUCUCCGCUGCUUGCGGGGACAACCGAAAGUCCGAUGUCAGUCCCAAGAUUCUUGGAGAGUGGAGUCUGGCAUUCAACAACCAAGGCGACAACUUCUUGCCGAUGACUGGUGAUCAUGCUUCGUCGUACUCGAAAUGGUUCUCGGCGCAACAGAGACAGUAUGAAGCACUGGAUGGAUGGAUUUUCUGGACCUGGAAGACCGAUGAGAAUCUUCCCAACGUUGAACAAUGGAAUUAUCAAAGUAAGUUGUCUGAGGUGCCUUCAGGGAAUAUACGCUGA